AUCUUAGAAUGUUUACUUCUGUGAAUAUUUUGAUUAAAAGUUUAUAAAUUAAUAAUUCAAUUAAACAAUUAAUGUCUCUGUCGAUAUACUAACAGACAUGGCGUUUUUAAAGUCCAUUUCUCUUAAUUAUAAAGACAUUCUAAUAACAGAGAUAGCUCUUGAUGGUUUGCAAGGAAUUGGUUUCAAUUUACUCUGGAAGAGAGUGGAAAAAUGCCUGAAUACACCGGUAACGACAAAACAAAAAGGUCGGUACUGGGAUUUCAUUAAAAACUAUCGUUCUAUAGAAUUCUAUCUUCAGAAGCAACCAUUACCAGAAGUAGAAAUAUUGGACAGAUUUUCCAUAAUUGACGAAAACACAGGCCAUAUUUUAGAUCCACCAGAUUUCGUAGAUGGCCCCUAUGAAUAUUGUCCAGUAGAUGGCCAGUAUGGUUCAUGUACAAAUUUUGAUGAAAGGGAAUCACUUUCUGUAAGUGAAAUAGAGAAAAUCUCAUAUGAAGAAGUGGAAGCCAAAUAUGGAAAUAGAUUAGUAAUGGUGGCUUCCAUAGAAGAGAGAUGGAGAGCUUUGGCCUCUAAUUUACCCAUCUCAUAUUUGACUAUGAUGACUCCUAUACAUUACUGUAUGCUGGAACUAAUCGGACGAGCUAGAGAAAAUGGUCAAAUCACUGUAGGCAAAACAAACUUAACAAAAAUAAUUAAUGAAUCAAAGCUUUUGUUUUACAAUCGUAAACAUUUACUUAAAUUGAACUUGAUCAGUGUGGUCUUUAUCACACAAGUAGUCGCAGGUAGGUCCAUGAAAACCCUCCUGUUAAGAACAAAGAAAUUCCAUAAACCUCUACUAUUGUCUUUGCCCAAGUCGGGAAAGAUACAUGAAAUGGUUGAGUAUCUGUUGAAACAGCCUGAUUACUGUGAACGAACUGAUAUGGUCAUCAAAAAAGGACUUCUAACAUCAAAACAGAGUAAAAGACUCCAGAAAACGUUUAAUAUAUUUUCCUUUGAAGAAAAAGCUAUAGAGACAACUUCAAAGAAGGGUCCAGCCUAUGUGAUGAGGCGAAAAUUUGUAUGCCUCAACCCCGGAAGUGAUGAUGAUGAGACAGAUGAUGAAGACCAGGAACCACCAUUAAAAUGCACAUACAAAGUUGGGGUCGGGCUCCUGAGACAAGCCUACGAGAGAUUUUUAGAUGCAGGACAGAGUGGGCUGACUCAGAUAGAGCUCGCUCAACUGCUCGGCGUAGAAUUCUACACAAGCAGAAGUAUAUGCAGAAUAUUUAGAGAUAGGAAGAUAAUAAGAGAGUUUCUAGAAGAUAAAGGCAGACAGAGGACUGCAAGGUUUAUAGCUAUAACGGCACAAAAUUUGGACGAGAUGGAUGAAAAGUAUGCAGUUGAAAAGAAAAAAUUCUUGAACCAUUUGAAUGAUACAAAAAAAGCAGUUAAGAGUUCAAAGAAGAGAAGCGCAGAGGAAUCGAGCGAAAGCACAUCUAAAGUACCCAAAAAGAAAGUCAAACACAAUGAAGAGGAAAGCAUGGACAAUGCUAUAGUAGAAACAAAUUCCCUAACAGGAAUUGAGACUAUGCAAGGAUCCAUAAUAAACGCAAAGAAGGAUCUGACACUAAAACAACUCAUGUUCGCGAACGGCACUCUAAAAGUUAUCAAAGAGAGACAAUUCGUCAUUGGCUUUCAAACAUUGGGAUCCUUGGUGUCAAAGGAAAUCGGACAACCGCCAAUGGACACGAAAGCGAUGAAACUUUUCAUACAGAAGUUGGCUUUCGACAAGCAAUUGAAAAUAUUAAAAUUGAAAUGGCCCGGAUCAGACAAUAGGUACUCCUAUCUGAUAUGCGCCCAACAUAUAAAGGCGACGGAUCCGAUCAUCAAAGCCAAAUACAAGGAGAUAUGUUUAAAGGCAGAAGAGAAAGAGAAGAGCAAAAGUGACAAAGAGAAGACCCAACCUCUGGCGAAAGUCACGUACCCGAGAUAUAUGAAAGUGCAAAAACUACACGAACUCAUUAUGCAAUCUGUCUAUUUCAAUGAAGUCAAAAAUGAGGGAUUGCCUACCGGUUUCUCCACUCUGUUCUCUAUAAUACCCGAGAUCACCGUCGAAUACGCGAUAGGCUCCAUCGCGUUCGUAGCCAAAGUCGAUAAGGAAACUCUGGGAAUGAAACUCAAAGACGCGCCCGCGGAGGUCCAGAAACCUUUGCUGCAAUCUACUAAGCUGCAGAAUUCAGUUUGCCAUAGCCUAAAAAUGUUGGCAACGCUCGGUCUCAUUCAGGUCAUCGAGAAACCCACCCCGUCGCUGUUCAAAAAGAAUACCGUCCUCUUUUACGUGUUCUACGUUAAUCGUCACGCCAAAAUCUUGGAUACGCACGGCAAAUGGCCGAGAUGCGAGGACCUAAAGGCUCUGGAGAGAUCCUUCUCCUUCGAAACAAUGGAGGACGUUCAUCAUUACUGGGACGAAGUUCGCAAUAUAAGCCUGAACACAAUCGUGACCGUCAACGAGCGGGAACGACCCAAAAUGUAUUUCCCGAUGCGCGAGGAAACAGAGGUCGAGGAGCACGACAACGGCCAGAGAUAUGGCGACGGCAUGGGCCCCUGCGGUUUCGAUUCCAGCAUUUUCAUGGAUAUGCCUCGCUUAUGGAACAAGUAUUUCACAAGAAACAAAAAAAAGACCUUGGGCGGAGGGCCCAAGAAAGUACCGAAGGUCGUCAAAAGGAGAGUCAAGAAGAAAGUCGUUAGAAAAUCGAAAGUAAAAUUGGAAACGAUCAAACGAGAACCAGGGGAAAGGGUAAAAGGUACGGGGUCGGCACCGAGAAGGAAAGAUUUCACGUGGAACACCCUCGAGGAUAAAAUCCUGACGCUGUGCAAGGUCGCCGUCAAAAUAAUCAGUCCGACUACACAGGCGGGAUCGCUGAUGAUCAGAAAUUAUGUCGCCAGGGACUUGCUGUCUUUAAUAGAUCCCACCAAGACAGUAACUGCGAUUAUCAGAAGAGGAACGGUACUGGAUUCCAAUUCCAUCUGGAAGCAUUGGAAGGAGCGAGUCCUGUGUGAGUUGAAGCGGCGGAGGGGUUCCAUAAAGGAUUACGAGGGUCUGCUGACGAAAAACAGAGUCUACAACCAGGGAAACAUUCUGAAACUGGUCAACGAAAUGAGAUUACCUAUGCUGGAGCUGAUUUGGCUGAUAUUGCAGAUGGAAAAGAAUAAGGGGAUACGAGACGAGUACGAGUGCAUCGCUAGAAGCAUUGACGAUUUUAACAAGCAAUACAGUAUAGAGCUGUCCACUCCGGCUCAGGAUGUGAACGUGUACAAAACUCCGCCGUCCCAGGAGAUGCAGUUCGGUAUGCUGAAAGAGUUGAUAAUGACCAUCGUUAUGCUCUCCAACGACGAUGGUAUACCCAAGAAUCUCGCGCAUAAGAUAUACUCACUGCUCAAAACAUACCCAGAGAAGGUUUUACGCGAUGCGAUAGAGCAGCUGAGAAAAGGAGGUGCUAUCGUGAUAAGGGAGAAGUCGUCGUACUUUCACAACAGAGAAACUUUCGACAAACUUUCGCACUCAGCGUUCAAAGUUUCAGCGAUGUAUCGUCGAAAAUGGACGAGUAAGUUGAUGAAGGAAUUCUUUAGGGACCUCUCGCAGCUUUUGAAUUCGGAGCUUCCGACCUUCGGUCUCAAAGGGCGUUCUGAAUUAAAUUGUUUGCUAUUUGAGCUGCAAAACUCUGAUGCUAUAGACAUAUUCUCCGAUAGCGUCCCAGUUGUCGUUGGGUCUGCAGGAUCUAUAUUAUUGGAGGACCAAAUAAAUGUCGCAGACGUAGACACAAAAUAUAAACUGAAGUCUGGAUAUAUCGGUUGGAAGAAUAAAAUGAAUGUAAAAUUAUUUUCCGAUCUAUACAAAAAAGUUGACAAGGAUGAUUUAAUAAGAACAAUAUCAAGAGAUUCCAUUGUCACUAUAAAAAAUGUGGACUAUGAUAAAAACGACGGGAUAUUGUCAUAUUUAGACGGAAUAGGUUUUAAAGGAUGCUCAUUUAAAGAGCUAAAGGACCACUUAUCAAUUGAUGCCAAAGAAUUAUCAGAAAAACUAUCAGAACUUUCUUCUAAGGGAAUUAUCAGAACAGUUGGCUAUUUCCAAAAUAUCAUAAUGUUGGCCAAAUACACAAAGCCGUUUCUACAGAAAAUUUCGCCUGAUACUUACUUGGAACCAGCGCCGUGGCUGAAUUUGGAAGGUCAAGUCCAAGAAAAUGUGUUUUUUCAGUGGGCAACUGUCGUUGUAAAUAAAAUCUUUGAAAGCCCAGGCAUAAAUAUAAGUACCAUAAGCGACCAUUUUGACUGUAUUUCCAGUAGAAGCGUCCUAAAUAUUUGUAUGUUUUUAGAGAAAUGUGAAUGUAUGAUAUUGAAAACUUUACAACCUAAAGAAAUAGAUUUGUUCUCGGAUGAUGAUUGUGCACUGGAAGAUGGUGAUUUCAAUCCGUAUUAUUCUUUUGAAGACAUUUAUGUAUAUCCUGAUAAAAAUUGUUUGACAAAAUUUGCAUUAAUACUACCACAGGAACCAUAAUAGUUGUUGUAUGUAAUGUUAUUAAAUGUUAUUUUUUAUAUAAUGUGCAUAA